AUGGCAAGACUCAAUGGAAACUCCAUGAUUAUGUGGUUUUUCUUUGCAAUUAUGUUUGGUUUGGGAAAUUUUCAUGCAUCUGCAGAAUUGCAAAGGUUUAGACAAACACCAAGAAAUGAAGGUUCUCUUAGUUUCUUGGUUCUUGGUGACUGGGGAAGAAAGGGUGAUUACAAUCAAUCUGAUGUUGCUUUUCAGUUGGGCUAUGUUGGAGAGAAACUUGACAUUGAUUUUGUAGUUUCGACCGGCGACAAUUUCUAUGACAAUGGCUUAACUAGUGACCGCGAUCCUAAUUUUGAGGAAUCAUUCAGCAAAAUUUACACCGCUAAAAGCUUGCAAAAGCCGUGGUAUGCUGUGUUGGGAAACCAUGACUAUAGGGGAGAUGCAGAGGCACAAUUAAGUCCAUUUCUUAGACAAAUUGAUAGCAGGUGGCUUUGUUUAAGGUCUUAUAUUGUAGAGUCAGAGCUGGUUGAGAUUUUCUUCAUUGACACAACUCCUUUUAUUCAAGACUACUUUAUUUCACCUGAACACAAUUAUGAUUGGAGGGGAGUUAAUAAUCCACCAAAGGCUUACAUUACCAAUUUACUAAAGGACGUUGCUAUGGCAUUGCGGGAAUCAAAAGCAAAAUGGAAAAUUGCGGUAGGUCACCACGCGAUUAAAAGUAUUGGACACCACGGCGAUACUCGAGAACUCGGAAGCCUACUUCUACCGGUCCUACAGGCAAACAAGGUUGAUUUUUACGUAAACGGACACGAUCACUGUCUCGAACACAUCAGUGACACAGCCAGUCCUAUGCAAUUUCUGGUAAGUGGAGCAGGAUCAAAGGCAUGGAGAGGAGAUGUUCAAAAAACAAACAGAGAAGAUGUGAAUUUCUUCUAUGAUGGACAAGGUUUCAUGUCUGUUCAGUUGACAGAAACAGAUGCAACCAUUGUUUUCUAUGAUGUUAAUGGCAAGGUUUUGCAUAAAGCUAUGUAUUCAAAGGAGUUACAUUCUGUUGGAACAAUAAACAAGUUACAUUCUGUCAUCUAA